AUUUACUUGCAAUUUAUACUUAAUUUCUGAGAAAAAAAUAAGGAGAAACGAGUGGUUGUUUUGGACCCCGUCCACAACACGCCUCCAGUUUUUGCUUCUCCCCCUUGAGAAACUUCAAGAGAGACACUAUCAAUGCUUGUGCUCAGAAGUUGUGGAGAAACCUCCAGGGAUUCACACAAGCAAGCCUCUGUGCUCUGCUUACAACAGACCUUCACCCAAAACCACUCACAGAAGCAGUUGAAAGACUACAUUUGUUCCCUCUGUGGCCCAGGAUGCGCUUGCUGUGUGCGUUGGGUCUCUUUUUGGCCCUGCUGAAUCUGUCCACAUCUCUGCUGCUGGGAGCCUUCAACAUCAGGACAUUUGGAGACAAGAAAGCCUCCAACACCACUCUGAUGAACAUCAUCAGCACGAUUGUCCAUCGCUAUGACAUCAUUCUGAUCCAGGAGGUCAGAGACAACGAUCUGACAGCAACCAAAAAACUCAUGGAGCAUGUCAACAAAGGUUCUCCUGAGUUCAGGUACAGUCACAUCAUCAGUGAGCCUCUGGGUCGCAGCUCCUAUAAGGAGAGAUACCUCUUCCUCUACAGGGAGCAGACGGUGUCCGUGACUAAAAACUACACGUAUGAUGACGGCUGUGAGCCCUGUGGGACAGACAUCCUGAACAGAGAACCCUUCGUCGUCAUGUUCACCUCCAAACAAACAGCUGGGAGCAACUUUGUUCUGAUCCCCCAGCACACCUCUCCAGAGUCCGCUGUGAAGGAAGUGGAUGCUCUCUAUGAUGUGGUGACUGAUGUCCGCGCCCGCUGGAACACCAAUGACAUUGUGCUACUGGGCGACUUCAACUCAGGCUGCAGCUAUGUGUCAGGCUCCGACUGGCAGCACAUCCGCCUCUUCACUGACAAGGGUUUCCAUUGGCUGAUCACCGACCAGGACGACACUACCGUGACACACACCAACUGCCCUAAUGACAGGAUUGUGGUCACUGAUGACAUGAUGAGAGUGGUGCCCGGCAGUGCGGAGGUCUACGACUACAUGAUGGAUAUGAAUCUCAGCCAGAGUCUGGCAUUGGCUGUCAGCGACCAUUUCCCUGUGGAGGUGAAGCUGAUUGGACAGGCUUCUGCAUAAGUCAUGACUCCAAUCUGAAUUAUGACUAAACAGUGGAACUCCCAGCAACCAUGUAACAUUGAAUUAACAGGACCAAAAUAAACAAACU